AUGACGAGCGAGGCGGUGCGCAAAGAAGGGCGUGGCCGGGGCAGUUGGACCGAUCAUUCCUCGUAUAUGUCCGGCGACAACCACUUGAACGGCGCCACCCGGGUGCAUAAACGAGCGAUCGUGGAGGACAUCACCCCCGAGGAGGAAGAGCCCGAUGCACUCCUGAUGUUGUUCCGACUCUCCAUCCCCGUCCCCAUCUUCUCCUUCGUCGCAUCCCUGUAUACCAUCUUCGGCCUUCUCUUCGUUCUCCUCGUGUCGCCGCUCCGCCUCUGUUCUUGCAUCCGAUACCUGCGAAACACCUCUUUCCGUGCCCAGUUAUGCGGCCUGUUAGUACCCCAGUUGCACAUCCACGAGCGGUUGGUGUAUCUGCGACGGUCCUCAAAGCGGUCGGCGUCGACUCAACAGAUCUACGAUCCGGAGGCAUCCUCCCUGGACGAGCCGUUAGAAUCGUACACCAUCGGCGGACUGAUCUCUGUCCUGUUACUGUCGCCUUUAUUUUCCAUUGCCAUUCUGCUGCCCGCCUGGAUCGCGGCAUUCUUCUGGAUAUUUUCCAUGGUGAUGGGCAACCCCGACGGUACGGAGCGUAAAGACGACGGUCGGGCCGCCGUCCUCGGAGUCAGCAGAUGGUGGCAUUUAUGGCUCGGCAAAGCCCGGAAGUCGUCUUCCUAA